UAUAAACAAUUACAUAAAUCCAUUCGAAUUUAUUUGUUGUGAUCCCAAUCUAUUACCCGUAACGCUGCCUGAAUCAUAAUCAUGCACUGUUCGCUGCUGGCCAGAGGAGAAUAGGCCCCCCGACUGAGCCUGGUUUCUCCCAAGGUUUUUUCUCCAUUUUUGUCACCUGUUGGAGUUUGGGUUCCUUGCCGCUGUCGCCUUUGGCUUGCUUAGUUGGGGACACUUGAUAUUCAACAAUGUUUUUUGCCUGCAUUGACACCAUUGUAUGUGAACUGAACUGAGCCGGACGAUGACAUCACUGUUUUCUCCAGAGUAGGGCUGUAACGAUUCCUCGAUUAAAUUCGAAUACUCGAUUUUAAAAAAUCCUCGAUUUCAAUUUGCCCGUGUCAAGUAACGGGUAACAUACCGGAAGUGGCGCUUUCCACGGACGAGAAUCCAUGAAACGCAUUAUUAGACUGUUUUCUAAGACUGCACGAUAUUAAACCCGUUUAAAAAUCAUAAUAAAGCAUAAUGCUAUUGUGACUUUACAAAGGCUGUGAAUUAAUUAAAUAAAUGUAUGUGCUGCAGGUUUAAUAUGCGCUGUAAUUAUUUACAUGCGUGUAGGUUAUCCACGUGCGUCUCGUGCGGCUCCACUCACAGUAAAUGCUGCUUCAUGUGAACUGUUAUUUACAUGAGUGGCGCGUUUCAAACUCCAUGUGAGUUUGGAUUGCUUUUAAUGUUCAUCUGGAAAAGCAAUGUGCGACAUUUAAUCAGAUUUGUAAGGUAAGUCAUCUAUAAACCUUAGCAAACGCAGGAGAAUACAUUAUACAGUAUGUUUCUACUGUGCUAACUGCUCGUCGCGAUUUCAAAAUAUAGGUUUAAGCCCUCGUUUAAGUCCACAUGUUCUUGUUCAAGAAAUUACAGUGGUUGUAGCAUUUCUGUCGUAAAGAAAUCGCCAAAUAUUAAAGAUUAACUGGACAGUUGAAAUAAAUGUUGUAUGCCAAUAUUAAACACGGAUUAGAUCGCAAAAACAACCGUCAGGCCACUGGCGCCCUCUGCAGACAUUUGUUAUAAUACAUAAAGAACAUAAGUUGUACAAUUGAAUACAUUGUGUAUUUUGACAGUUUUGUUCAAUAAAACCAUACGAUUACUUGUUUUUCAUACUUUACUUGAACCAAUUUUUAUUGUGUUAUUGCUAUUAUAUAUUUAUUUUUAAGCCAUUUGUGUAAGUGAAUGUGUUUUGUUGUGCAAGCACCUUUAUAAUGAUCGCGUUAGUAGGUGAGCUAUAUGCGCGCGCCAUGUUUGUUUAUGUCGCGGUCAGGAGAAUAGAUCUGUCGGAUUUACACUUGAAUUCUUCCAUUUCUUUCGAAAUGCACGGAUGGAUGUAAGUGUCUGGUGAAUUGGGAGAAGAACAGGGUAAACUUCAUAGUUGCUUGCCUUACUCACAGUAUGUAAUCUGUGAAUAUAACGUGUUGUCUAAUUAUAAUGGAAAGGAUUAUUACUGCAGUUUCCAUAGACAUCAGUGUAUAUUUUACAGACUAAAUGUAUUAUUACUAGUACUUGUGUGUAUUUAAGUAUCUGAAACCUAAAAUAAACAUCAUGUGAUUGAAACACUAAAUAGUCAACGUGAUCAGCGACUGACAAUACAACCAUAAGAUACACCAAAGCACAACAUAAAUUCACAAAUCACAUCCAUUUUAUUUGUUCGCUAUACUCCAUAUCUUUAGAAUCCAUAUGUUUGUAAGAAACAGAUCCAAAUUCAGCCCUUUAUCCAUCGAUCUUCAUCUUCAUUCUCAGCAACAGCGCCCGUAGCAAUCAAAGCUCGCGCUCGUUAUGAUUCAAAUUUGAAAGUAGCGCCACCCUCGAGAAGCGUUACGACAUGGUUUACGGCACUGAUAUCGAACGCUCAUUGGUUCUCACCUGCUUCGUCACAGAUUGCGACAUGCCGUGUUUCAGUGGAUUGACAUUUGAAAUGAGUGUCGCGCCUUCACGGAGAGAAGCCGGAUUUAUCAUAUUUUCAUGGAAUAAUAAGUUAAAUUCUGCUCUGUACCCUAUAAAAAACUAUUACCGCCAGAGAGGACUGUGACUGGAACUCAUCAUCAUUUGAACUACUUUUGUUACCACUUUUGACAUUUUCGCAAAAAAUAAAUGAUUGUGAUUACGCUUGUUUGUCUGUCAUUCUUUUAUUUAUAACAGUAGGUAGUUUAAAGAAAUGGUUAGGGGUAGGUUUAGGGGUAGGUGUAGGAUUAGUGGCUCAAAAUAUUGUUUUAAUGUUAUAUUUUUACUAAAAUUGUCAUUUUCCUACACAUUUCUGUUCUUUAUGUUUUAUUCUUUUAACAUUCUGUAUAGGGUAGGUUUAGGUUCGGGAUGGGGUUUAGGGAUCUUACAUUUAUCUACAAAACGAUAAAAUGGAAAUUAUACAUAUAUCUUUAUGACUUGAACGAUUCGUAAAUAUUUUACGUUUUUUCGCUGUAAAAACGUAAGUAUUUUUACGUUUUAGUGCCAUAAUUACGUCAAUAUUGUAAGUUUUAGCACCUUUCUGAACGUACAAAAAUGUACGUUUUGUGUCUUUGAAAGUUACAUAUUAAUACCUACGUAUUAACAAUGAGACCAGGCUGGAAUAGUUGUGAUAAAUGCCAAGCACUGAGUGCAUCUGUCUCUGGCUCAGCGCACGCGCCUGCGCCCGGAGGGGGAGGGGGUCUGGCGCGAUUAUUCGAGGAAUCUAUUGAUUUUUACAAUGGAAUGAAUCAAUACUGAAUUUACUUAAGCUGGACAAUGACACCAUUUUCUUCUAGAGUUGCUGUGCAGCCAAAAUUAUUUGCCAGUUAUCACUGUAAAGCUGCUUUGACACAAUUUACAUUGUAAAAAGCACUAUAUAAAUAAAGGUGACUUGACUUGACUAGAAUUAGGGCUGUCUAAAUUAUUACGUUAACGUAUGCGAUUAUUUUUUUCAGUUAAAUAUUUAACGCAAUUAACGCAGCAUCCUUUUUUUUUCAGUCAUUCUUUGGCUGUGCUGCAGUAUAUGAUCAGGCUGAUGCAGUAUAUGAUAAGAACAUGGAAAUCAGCAAUCACUUUGCAAAUGCUUUUAAACUACAGCAUACAAGAUCAUAAUUGAUUGUAUUCAAUGAUUGUAAUGUAUUUAAUAUACAUGUAUGCAUGUGUGUGUAUGUGUACAUGAAUGAGCAUGUACAGUAAUGCCUCCAUCGCUUAUGUUCUCGUCACCUUUGUAGGUUCAGCACCGCAGCCAGACAUCUCUUUCCACUGACUUGAAUUAAUUAAGACAAAAAUAAAUAAAUGUGGAUAGAUUGAUAAAUUAAUAAAUACUCAAAUUUGUUAACUGAUUUCUUCAUUGACCCUGUAUGGAGGCAACAGUAUUAUACCAGUACUGUAGGUGUUGAUGAGUGCAUGAUUUUGAGUAACAUUCACAAAACAACUCAGUUUUGAAUGACAGAGUACACUGAAUGCUGCAUGUUAUGUGUGAGGAAAAUAUUAAAUAUCAUAUUGAUCUUGCUAGUUUCAGUGAGCUUUGUUUUAUCCUGCAUUUUUUGAUAAAUAUAGUACGUCAUCUGGAUAUUUUAUGCAUACCCAGUUUAGUAAUUAUAAGUGUACAUAUUGUGGGAAGUAUGUUCACUUACAUGGGUAACAUUUUUUGAGAGGCAAGGAUAAAAUUAUUUCAUUUACAUGUGUUACAUUAGCUAUUUUUAUUCCUCAUGUUCCUUAUCAAAACAGACAUUAAUGACAUCAAUUACUGCUUUAUUUAUUCAGUAACUAGUCUAAUAAAAAAUAAAAAAAAACAUUAAGUGCUCCCAAUAUAGGCUAUUUUAACAGAGGAUACAUAUUCAGGAUACAUGUUCAGAUCUGAACUCUAUCUGAAUUCAGAACUUUAUUAUUAUAUCGACAUUCAGGCGCACUGUAUUAGCAUAAAUAAAAAGUGUUUCUGUUGCUACAUGAAAACUUCUGAAAUGUCUGUGUAUUUGACAAAUAUUGCAUUUAGUCCACUUCACUGCAUGAAAAGGGUCAAAUCUGGCAAUGGUAAACUGCUGUGUAAUUUUGGGUUUGCUGGAUGUAUGCAGAAAAUACCUGAGCUAAGUUACACAGAACACUACAUUUACAGAAAUACCAUGCUGUGUUCUCAGAUGGACGGAGGGGGUGAGCCAGGGAAGUUUCACAAAACGGCCUCAAAAUAGUCUUAACGCUACUGAACUCUAAUAUAGCUUUAUCAUUUUUGAGAGAGCCAUUAGAAAAUGUGUCUAUGUGUGAUUUAUAAUUUGAAGGCAUCCUCUCUCCCCAACUUCAUUCUUUUAUCCAUAUUAUUUCACAGAAAUUAAGACACUAGAAAAGUGGUUUAUCUAGCUGUAUCUCUACAAAUAAUCAUUUAUACCCCCCAAAAAGUUCAUGUGUGUUAUGACAUGUAUAUUUUUUCCUGGGCAAUAACAGUGGAAUGUUCAAUAGUUAUGUUUAGUCAAAACUAGCAAAGAGUAUUUAUAUAUGAAUAAUUAUAAACUACAUAUAAAUAAACACUCAUACUUACAAAAUAUAUCUCCCCUGAGAAAUUUUAUGUGAAAAGAAUGUCAAACAGCCCUGGUCGCCCAUAUAUCUAACUCUUCAUAAAUGAUCCCCUCCCAUCACGCACACACCCCACCCCCUGUUGCGAAGACUUUUGCGUUUUGACUGAUCUCUGGUUGGUCACUCUUCUUGAGGAGUCGUUUCAAACACAUUAACAGCUACAGACUGAAACACGGUAAGCCUGCACAGUUCUGAGAAGAAUCCGCUUCAACAUCAUGCACAAACCAGUAUCCUACACACAAGACUGGGUCAACUCAGCGUCUGAGAUUAUAAACAGUAACAAGUUCAGAAGGUAUCCUAUAAGAUUUAUAAUGAGGCAAUGAGGAAGUGUUCAUAGUUUCAUUUCGGAAAGGCCCAGCUGAAACACUCAAUCAAGGUUGUGGCAGAAAAAGCCAGAGAUACAACAUUGCUGGAGAUGAGGUCAACAAAGACAAACACAAAGAGCAUUGUGGAGGACAGAAAUGGUGGAGCUCAAUCUAAGAUGAGGAAGAUGUUGUUGAUGUGGAUUCAUGCAGUCUGCUGGAACACAUCAUCUCAUGUGUUAUUUUCAAUUAUUUGUUAAACUAUAUUUUUUAUAUCUGCACACCUGGCCUGCAACCAAUCUAAUCAACCUCCUUGAAGUUGGCACCUCAUAAAACGAAAUAAUCCCCUAAGCCGUUAGUGCUGAUUUGUGCCACAAAAACAAAUUUUUGUGUGUUUGAGAUAUUGAAUAUUAUUUUUUUUGGUUGUGUGAUGUCACUCUCCACCCCUUGUCAUUCAAAUCACUUGUCAUAUGUGCUUAGUUUGUGCUAUUAAAACAAACACUGUAACUAUUUUCCUUCUGCAGAUAUAACAAAUAUAAUUUGUGAGCUGUGACGCCACUCUUAUUGAACAUUAUUUUAUUGGUUGUGUGAUGUCACUCUCCACCCCAUUUCAUGCAAAUCGCACCAAACCGGUAUCGUUCGUUUGUGCUUGAUUUGUGCCGUUAAAACAAACACUCAAUCUAUUUUCCCUCCAUAGAAAUAAUUUAAAAAAUAUAAUAAAUUGGGAACUGUGACAUCACUCUCCAUGCUGUCCAAAUUGCUCCAAAAUGGUGCUGUUCAUUUGUACUCGAUUUGUGCUGGUUUGUGCCAUUAAAAAAACUAUGACCCCUUCUUAAAUAUAACAAAAACACUUUUUAGGAACAGUUGCAUAACUCUCCACCCCAUGUCCUCCAAAUGGCUAAAUAUUGUUCUGUUACAAAACAGUGAAGCUAAUGAGGAGUAACGUGUGAGAUUAAUAAUGAGUUAACAGGGUAACAAGAGGGUGGGGCAACAAUAGACAGUUGAACGCAUGGCGCAAACAACACAACAACACGUGCCGAAGCACAUGGCGAACGAACACAAACAUCACACGCCAAAUCACGCGCCAUCACACGGACAAACAAGACAGCCAUGCAUUCCGGAUGAACAGCGGUACAAACACAAACACAAGGUAGAUCAAACCACCGUCCUGACAGGUACAACAGGAUUACCAAAUCAUUGUUUUAAGUGUGAAAAUAUAACAAAAAUAACAUAGAAAUUCAAAAACAAUGGACUUCUGGGAAUCCAUACAAGUCAAUCAUUUUGGAUGCUUUUAGAUCCAAACUUGGUCUCAGUGAAGAGUACAGUGAGAAGUGCCUGGUUUCCACAGUGAAGUUCAGUGAAGCUCUUAUACAGGGAUGUAUGAGUACUAAUGGUGUGAGGGAGUUGUACUUUAUCAAUGCUGUCAUGAAAUCACACACCACAAAAACUUGAAAAAGAAGAUGCCACUCUCUCCUCAUUCCCUGCAUUGUUGGGCAUUUUUUCAACAUGACAAUGAUGAUAUGUGUUCUCCAAAGGUGAAAAACCUUCUGUGGACAUUAGGGCUGGGUAUUGAUACAAUUUUCACGAUUCGAUUCAAUUUCUAUUCAUAUGCUUUCGAUUCGAUUCAAUUCCGAUUUCGAUUUGAUUCGAUAUCGAUUAUUUUGGAUGUAGUAUAUCAGUUACAGCAAGGCCGUAACCAUGUCUUGAACAUUGGGGGGGACCUUUUUUUACUUUUUUUAAUAAAGCAUAAAGAAACAAAACAGUGAACGAAAUUGCUGCUAGUACAAUGCUAUAUCAGAUAUGUACAAUAACAAUUGUAGAAAAAAAAUAACAUUACGAUGUCCAGAAAUCAAUUUCAAUUGUACAUUGAGAACUCAUGUUUAAUGUGAUAGUUUCAUAAUACAAUAUAUUGUUAGUUCCGAGAUUCUUCAAUUUAGUGAAUAAAUACAUCGAUCUGUAAUAAACUUUCGAAUUCCCUUGUGGUAGAGUUUUUGUUAACAGUAUCAAAGGUUGCGUGUUCUAAUCUGCCCUCGCAUGUAUAUCAAGUAUAUCAAGAGCAGGGACACGUUUGUGUGCAUUUGUUUUGUGAUUUUACUGGAAAAACAAAACCUCUGCAACGGCGUUAAGCGAUCGAUUGACGCGCCCAUCUGUGCUGUUAAGACUGUGUGCACGUGCAAAAAGAGAACAUAAACCCCGCCUACUUUUUAAUUUGAUUGGCCAUCUCAAUAAUUUUGACAUUGACGAAUGUUCUUAGACUGCUGAGGCAGGCCAGACUAAAAAUGUAACUUUUAAACCUUUUUGUCAUCCUAACAACAUGCAGAAUGCUGUCAUGAAGUGCAGCAGAGCAGUGCAAGAAUUUCAAAUAUUGGGGGGGACGAUUUGGCCAUUUCUAAUUAUUGGGGGGGACUUGACACGAUUUAUUGGAUGGGAGGCGCGCUACAUGUGCUGUUCAUUCAUCAACUGAAAACAGACUAGACUAAUCGAUUCUUGGGAUUUAAGAAUCAAUAUCAGUUCGUAAAAAUGAGAAUCGAUUAAAAUCAAGAAAUCGAUAUUGUUUACCCAGCCCUAGUGGACAUGUAUUUCACCCAAUCUUAAUACUCUUGAGCACCUGUGGGGGAUUCUGUAGAGACGAGUUGAGCAACACUCCCCAUUAAAGAUCAGUGCAUUUAAGGACGCCACAGAUGUGGAACAGAACGGGACAGAUGUGACAAUUUGUCAUGAACUUGUACACUCCGUGCCAGAAAGGGUCAGAGCACUAUACUUAAAAUUAUGGAGGGCAUACUAAGUACUAGAAUAUUAUACAUUUGUUGAAUUAAAUCUAGGGUGUACACAUUUCUGCAAAAUUGGUUAAUUUACUUAUUUUACGGAUAUUAUUUCUGUUUUUAUUAAGUAUAUGUUUAAUUUUAAUUUUGCCAUCUGUCCAUGAAUUGUAUUAGUGAUCAUUAGGAAAAUACAUCUUUUGUGUUUGUUCACAGGGGGUGUACUCAUUUAUGCUGUGCACUGUAUAUGUUAACAGUUUGUGCUGUUCAAUUUAUAGUGAUCAUAUAAUGUAGUUAUAGCUUGUGAAAAUCUUAAAUAUAAAACUCUGUAAGAUCACUGGCUAAUAUUCCUAAUGAAUAAAUAUACCCCGAUCAGGCAUAACAUUAUGACCACCUUUCUAAUAUUGUGUUGGUCUUCCUUUUGCUGCCAAAACAGCCCUGACCUGUUGAGGCAUGGACUCCUCUAGACCCCUGAAGGUGUGCUGUGGUAUCUGCACCAAGAUGUUAGCAGCAGAUCCUUUAAGUCCUGUAAGAUGAGAGGUGGAGCCUCCAUGGAUCGGACUUGUUUGUUCAGCACAUCCCACAGAUGGUGGGAGAAACCGGAACAGGAAAAACAACUCUGAUCAAUACUAUAGUCAACUACAUGUUGGGUGUUCAGAGAGAAGACAAGGUUUGGUUUGAGAUCACAGAUAAUCAGAGUAACUGGAAAGAUCACAGCCCGACAACCAUCAUCACUGUCUAUGGUGUUUAUGACCAAAAGAGUCCAGAGGAUUUAACAAUCAUUGACACACCAGGAUAUGGAAAUACCCAUGGUAUCAGCUUUGACAAAGAGAUUGCCAUGAAUUUGCUUCGCUUAUCUGAAGAUGGACUCCAUGAAAUCGAUGCAGUGUGUUUAGUUAUUGACGCAUCUCAAACUCGACUCUCUGGCAGACAAAUGUACAUAUUUGAUGCUGUUCAGUCUUUAUUUGGCAGAGAUAUUGCUGAAAACAUUGUCUUGCUCUUCACACACUCAUCUGGUGCUCACCCUAAAAAUGCCCUGACGGCUGUUAAAGAAGCUGAAAUCAAGUGUGCAGUGAAUGACAAGAAGAAGCCAGUGUUUUUCCUGUUUGACAACUGUCAAUCAAUGCCUUUUGAUGAAAAAUAUAAAACAAUCCAGGAACAAUCAUGGAAACUCAGUCAUAGUGGAAUAACAAGGUUUUUCAAGUUUCUUGAAAACAUGAAACCUAAAACCUUGCAGAUGACUCCAGAAGUUUUGCAGAAACGGAAGCAGUUGGAAGCAAAUGUCUCCAAACUACAACUACGUAUUCAAGUGAAGGAACAAAAGCUAAAUGAGCUGAAAGAAACUCAAGCUGCACUGGAGAAAAACAGGAAAUACAUAGAGGACAGUAAUGACUUUGAGUAUGACGCUGAAGUUUCCUAUAAGGAGAAGAUUCACAUCAAUUCAGAGUUUUGGCACUUGACCAAAGAGGCAACAUGCUGCACCGUCUGUGAGGAGAACUGUCAUUAUCCAGGAUGCUGGUGGGUCAGAAAUCUCUCAUGGUGCAGCGUGAUGAAAAAUAAUCACUGUACAGUGUGCACAAAUAAAUGUCACUACAGCAAACAUGUCAAAGAAGCAAAAAUAUAUGUAACAAAGACAAAGACAGAGAAAAGGACAUAUGUAGACUUAAAAAAGGGAUGUUAUGGGAAGGUUGGUGAGAGUGUGUCUUUGGUCAAGAAGCUGGAAGAAGAACUGCAAGAAUUAGAGAAAGAGAAAGUAAAGCUGGUGUUUGAAGCUUUUCACUGUGUGGAAAAACUGGAGAAGAUCGCACUCAACACUGAUUCACUGAUCACACUCCUGCAUGUUGACUGAUUGAGAAUAUGAAGGAAAUUAAUGAGCCUGAAAAGGCUGAAAUACUGGAAAACAUCAAGAAGAGAGCAGGAGAAGAAAAUACUGGAGCACUGGGAUACUUAACAUAUUUCAUAAAAACAUUUUCAUGAAUAGAAAUAACAUUUUAAAAAAUCACCUGGAAAAACCUUUAAAAACAGCAUCCUUAAAUUAGAUCAAUACUGAUUGAAUUUAAUGAUUGUAAUUGCAAUUUCAUCCAGUAAUCCGAAGGAAAACUAAGUGUUUCAAAUCAAAUGGUUCUUGUACUGAAUAGGACUUUAAAAUAUCUACAAUGAAUUAGUCAAUGAUCAGAGGCUGUCCAUUUUAAAAUUUAUUACAUAGCAUGCUAACUACUCAGUCAAAUUAAUCUGUCUGAUCAACAUUUGGAGAGAAUAAAUUAAUGUCAAUAUAUAUAUUUUUUUUUUUGUUAAAAACCUCAAAGCAUUGUUUCAUAAAGUAUAGCCCUAUAGCCAUUAAUAAGAAGUGUGUUCGACUUCAUGUGGCACUAUAUGGAUAGAGAUAUACUGUAUGUAUAUGUCCCUUUGUGAACUCCUGACAAGACUAAAAGAAUAUUCUCAUUUAAUGUUCUUAAUAAAAACUCUGAUUUAAAGUUGCAAUAUGUAAUUGUUUACUUGUAACAUCCAGUGAAGAUAUGUUGAACAUGUUACUGUUUUUACAGACAAUGGCACUUGAUAACAUUUAUAUCAGUAAUAAAAACUUCAUGAUGGAAGAAUUGACAUCAUGUAACUUAUGAGAAAUUAUUUUCAUUUGUUACAGAUAUACAAGCACUAGAUACAGGGCUGCCAACUUUUGAGUUUAGCUUUGAGUGAGAAUUAUGAGAAUUACAUGACAUCUCUAGCUGUUUCAUUGACAUCUUUCUGCGGUUGAAACACUGAUUGAUCGAUUACAUGACACAUGAUACAUUUCGGUAAGUUGUACAGUACUUUUCAACACACCCUCUAAUGUUCAGUUGUGUUUAUUUACUAUUAACUAGUAGUAAAGAUGAAGAGAUGAUCAGUUCAUGUGGUUUGAUCAGUCACGUCACAUUUAAGAGCAUCAAAAUUAUAUUUAUUGUUUGAAUUUCAUAAUAAAAUGUACAGAAUUUGAAAGCUGAGACUUUGUUUCAUAUCAAGAGUAACCUGCUCUGUCUUGUCUGUCGGUGUCAGUGUGCUCUUUGCUCCGCGUUUUUCACUGCGUGAGAAAAUGAAUGUGCGGUGUGAGAGCGUGAGAACAGCCCUGCAGGAUACUUUCUGUUGCAAGAAGUACAGGAUGUGGUUAGAAGUGCAACGAACAAAACACUUACCACAUACACAGAGCUCCAGCAGAUACAUGCUUUUUAAUUUUAAUAUUUUAAGUGUACUCAAGAUAAUAUGUUCAUGUUUUGCAUUCAUCUUGGUGUAACAUUUAAAAAAAGGUUGAAAUUCAGAAUACAUCUUGACUUUUGGUGAUCACAAUGCCUAAAUAUGUUACUUAAGAUUUAACUGUAAUAUUAUAAAAAUAGGGUACUAGCCAUUACUCACAUUAACUUAAAGCCUAAAGUUUUAAAGGCAAUUUAUAUGAUCAAAAAGUGAUUUGUGAAGCAUUGUAAAAAAAAAAAAAAAAUUAAAAAAAUAAAUAAAAAUAAAGGGUGUCAUGAUCCACCAACUGACAGAUAAUAAAUCGGUUACACAGAUACCCUGAAUACUUAUUAGAUGUUGACAGCAGCUGCACACAGUUGGGUUGAUCUUGUAUGACUCCUCUAGAUAAGAUAGAUAAGCUGAAACAAAACUAUUUCAAUAAAAUAUAAUCAUAUGUAUGUCACACAAAGACUUCUGUGAAUGUCCUUUUACAGUUUUUCACCAUUAAAUGGUAAUUCAUAGAUUUUACUUCCAAAAACCAGUAAUUCACAGUAAAAUUACAUGUAAUGUAAUGUUGAACCAUUUAAAAUUUUCAUCUUAAAUUUUCAGGGUUUUACAAAGCACAUGACUGUCAGAAUAUGGGCGUUGACAGUACAGAUAUUUGUUGUGAUCGAGUUAUUUGUCUAUAUUGUUCUCCAUGUGAAGAAGGACUGUUAAACACGCAUCAUAU